UUAACAGUUGAAGCACAAACUUCCGAGGCGCCUCGAACGCAGAUUUGUGGCUAAAGUUCGGAGGAAACGUCUCAGAGACGGUGCAGCUCCCAAACCAGAACUGAAGGACACUCUCGAAGGGCAGCUCAGCUACCUGGUACCGAUCCCAGAACCGCGGAGGUCGAACCGUGAAGACGGAGUUCGGCCGCGGAGCUCAGCUUCAUGCUGACGGCGGACUCCCUCGUUCAGGGAGGGUUCAUGUCUCGGAGCCUCAAAGAAGUUCUGACGUCUGCGACAGAACCAUCAUGCUGGACCACUGAAGCUGGAGGAUCAGAGGGGCCGUCACUCCUUCCAGGACCACUCCCCCAACGCUUGCACCAGCCAAUCGCUGUGCAGGUCAGUCAUGCAUCUGAAGACUCACCUGGUGCGUUCGGAGCUGCGGUUGGACGCCACCGCCGCUCAGAACCCUCGGCACCGCAGUCUGCUUGUGAGCCAGCAGGUGGAGCUGCUGCAGACGCUCGGUGGUAGCCACAGCGACGGCGCCAAACAUCUCCCGGUUGGCUUCAUCUCUGCGAAGAGGUUCUGUUCCAGCAGCAAUGGCGUGAAGCUGAGCGCCCCUCUUUGGAUCCUUCCAUCGCCGUCGGGCGCCGACAAGGAUCGGUUCCAGCGGACCCAGACAGACUCUGAAUCUGCUCAGAACGUGUGGACCGUCAUCAAACCGGGACAUGUCCGGGAGAAAAUCGCCAUUUUCGCCGCUGAGGAGCGGCAGUCGGGUGUGGGGAUUAAUGAGCACGCCACCAGUGCUGGCAGCUGCGACAGAGUGCUGACGGCGUGCACGAACGGCGCCGCCGUGACAACCCUGUCGCGAGGGGUGAAGGUGAAGAGCAGCUGGGAGGAGAACAGUUCUGCCAAACGGCGUCCUCGUUCUGGAAAAAUCCAUCAGAACCAGGCGGUCCAUGACCUGGACGGGCAGCGGUCUACGCAGCGUGAUGGCGAUUCGCUGGCCGGCGAGGAGGACGAGGACCAACAGAAGGUGUCCGUCGUGGAGAUGGUGGCGUUCCUGGAGCGCCGGACGAGCGAGCAGCAGCACGACAUCAAACCUCUGCUCGUUCUCCAGAGGAGCUCCACAACCAUCACGUUGUCCAAGCUGGCGCCUCCCGAGGUCAAGGGGGAGGAGCCAGAGAGCGUCAGGGUGUCGGAGAUGGUGGCCAAGCUGGAGUCGGAGUGUGUGGGGAAGGUGGGGGGCGGAGUCUUGAGGAGCAGCAGCCUGCGGAGGACCGUGGGACGCGUCCUCCUUGCUGCUGCCGCCGACCAGCGUCCAUCCCCCGCCUCUCCUUCAACGCUGCAGAAAUCUACCACACACCCCUCCCCGGCUGUAGCCACGCCCCCAUCUGCUCCUUUGGCCACGCCCAUCUCAGGUGACUGCAACAUCACACAAACUGUGGCCCCGCCCCCUGACGCUGACCAGACAGAGCCUUUGCCCGGUUUGCUCUUUUUGUCGUUACCUUUUGACGGAAAAGCUCCACCCACUCCGUCAGAGCCACGCCCCUCCCUGUACAAAUCCAGUUUUUACCUGGCGCCAGCUCAGACUUGCCCCGCCCCCUCCAACUUCAACAUCAAAUCAGAGAAGAGGAGGAGGGAGUCUGUUUGUGAUCAGGGGGAGGAGCUCGCCAUCAGCACGGCGUCCCGCCCCACCGCAGUGCCUCUCAGCCGCACGCCGUCGGCGUCGCAGGACUUCCUGGAGGCGCGGCAGCGGCUGCAGCGGCUGCUGGCGCCGCAGCCGUACCUGCUGCUGCUGCCUCACCACCUGCUGGUCAAGAUCUUCCUGCUGCUGCCCACGCGCAGCCUGACCGCGCUCAAGUGCUCCUGCAGCUACUUCAAGUUCGCCAUCGAGAACUACGGCAUCCGUCCCGCCGACUCGCUGUGGGUGUCGGACCCCCGUUACCGGGACGACCCCUGCAAACAGUGUAAGAGGCGGUACGACCCCGGCGACGUGUCGCUGUGCCGCUGGCACCACAAGCCCUUCUGCCAGGCGCUGCCGUACGGCCCCGGCUACUGGAUGUGCUGCCGCAGCGCCCGCAGGGACUCGCCCGGCUGCAACGUGGGUCUCCACGACAACCGCUGGGUGCCGGCGUUUCACAGCAUCAACGUGCCCAUUUACAGGAGAAACUGUAACCAUGACGACUGAGCGCUCCCAUCUCUGAGGCCGGGCUGCCGUCCCACCAGCUUUUUUUCACGGAAUACGUCUGCAUCUCACCCUGACGGCAGCUGCUCCCAUCAUGCAACAGGAGAUCUGACGCUCCGCAAUUGAAAACAUCUGUUUCAGAUGUUUUUUUGCUGUGAAGAUUUUGUUUUUUCUCAAGGAUUCACUGAGAAUCUCCAUGGAUGUGAAACCAGCCGACCUCGGAUCAGCUGUCGGUCCUCCCUCUGGGGGCGGGUCCCUGCCAGGUCCCUCCUCCGUGAGAACAGCUGAUCAUCAGCUGGUUGAGCUCCGUUCCUCUGAACCAGAAGAUCUGAGGUGUUUGGUCACCUGUGUCACUGAAGGAGAACGGACCGACGGCUCGGAUCUUAAACCGGUUGUUGCUUGACAGAUUUUUUUUUUAGCUUUUUUUGUUUUGUUUUUUUUUUUAGUCAUGUGAACUUUUUUUUUUUUCCUUUCUUUACAUGUUGUGUGUAGCUUUGAUCAGCUGACUGUUAAUCACAGAAACGUGGCCUUGAGUUUCCGAGACGAUGCAAUAAAAGAAACUGUAAAGAUUAUUUAAUGAGAAUCUCAGAGCGAAUGAUCAGAAAGGAUGAGUGUGUGACCGAGUCCGGAUGUUUCUCUGGAAAAUAUGAUUUUGCUUUAAUAAAGUGCUUCUCAUCGGG